GAUAUCACCAGCUUGCUCUCCCUGCAGCGUCUGCCCCGUCUGACUGAAAAAACAUGGGUCUGGAAAACGAAAAAUCGGACACAAGUAUAAUUAUGGACGAAGACGAGUUCAACAGAUCCAUAGAGCCCAUUCUGUCGAAGAAAGGGAAGGUGUACUACUCAGAGGCGCCGGACCGAGAUCCACACGAUAUCAACGCGCACUUGAAGGUUGGUUUUGAAGAUGUCAUCGCAGAGCCUAUGUCCUCUCACAGCUUUGAUAGAGUGUGGAUAGGAAGCAACGCAGUGUUUGAGCUGAUAAAGUUCAUCUUUUAUCGCUUGCUGACCACGCUGCUGGCUGUGCCCAUGGCUUUCAUCCUCGGACUGGUGUUCGGGGUGCUCAGCUGCAUCCACAUCUGGUUGGUGAUGCCCGUGAUCCAGAGCCUCAUGAUGCUGUUGCCGUCGAUCCAGGUGGUGUGGAGGAGCCUGACGGACAUGUUCAUAACGCCGCUCUUCCACAGCAUGGGAAAGACACUGUCGUCCAUUCAUGUUAAAAUCACAGAGAACUGAUGCAGACACCUCUCUGUUCCACAGGAGAGAGAAAUGUGGGACCGACCGGAGCCAAAGCUAAAAAAGGUGGUGAAUGAUACUUGUAGGGGAAUAUGUGGGCUCUUUAUAAAGUCAUAGUAUAAAAUCCUGCAGAAUCCUUUAGAAAGGACGUAAAACAGGUGAUUGCGAUUAGUGAUAAAUUCAUAAAGCAUCUUGGGUUUAAUUCAGGUCAUUUACUCCUGAUCAUGUAAUAAAGGAUCACAUUUAGGUUAAAACUGGUCUAUACAUUUGGAUGAAAAGUGAAUAUUUUUACAUAUCAAUAAGUUAAAUUUAACUGUGUUUUCACCAUAAUUUAAAUUAAUAUAUUUCAUCAUGCAGUUAAGACCUGAUUCAUAUUCACAUAUAGUCAAUUACAUGCCGUUGAAAUAUCAGUUAUACAAAUUUAGAUGUUCUUUUUAACCCAGAUGCCGAGUCGUCAUUUGACCUAAAGAUCAAUAAACCCACGCUUAGAUGUUUAUGAUUAAUAGAUUCAUCUCUAUAGGAAUGUAAGCGGUCGGUGAUAAACAUUUUGACCGUGCGGGACUUUAUGAGGAGCUCACGUGCACCACCCAAAAUGGAGUUGUUUUGCUGAUUGUGACCAAAAAAAAAAAGAUUCUUGUCAUUCCAUUACUUCGUCGCUGAGAGAGACAGAGUGUAACAUUGUUGUUAAGGCAAAUAUAGUACUGAGUUGCUAAGAGAUGUAAUAUUUCUGCUUUUGAUAUAUAUAUAUAUAUAUAUAUAUGUAUGUUGUGUAUAUAUUGCGAUUAAUUCAGCUAGAGG